AUGUCUAAAUAUUCUUCACUAAUUACGAAUAUUUGUGACAGCAAUGUAAACGAAGAGGCAAAAAUUAAAUCAAUUCAAGAAAUAAACGAUAAAUUAGAAAGCAUUGUAUCAGCCUCUGAUUAUCAAACGUUUUUAGAAAUUACAAUACCAAAUUUUUUGAAAAUCUUACAAGAAGAAGCAAUAAAUUUUAUAGCUGAAAGUUUGGAGCAGAUACCUCAGUUUUUAAGUUUUCUGACCAAUAAAAUUAAAGAUUUGUCAAAUUCGUAUGAGUCAAUAUUUGAAAAUAGGGGUAAUGUUAAAUGUGAUAGUUUAAAAGGUGAUAUUAUUUUGAACCUUUUAAAUCAUUUAUACUAUCCAUUAACAAUAACUUUGGAAAACAAACCAUUAUCACUAGAAAACCCUGCACAAACUCAGCAAUAUACUCUUUUACCAAAAUCAUUUUUGUCACUAAAAGUUUUAUCAGAAUUACCUAUCAUUGUUGUAAUAGUAUAUCAACUAUAUAAACCUAAUAUUCAUCAGGAUGUUGGUGCCAUGAUACCAAACUUAAUUCUCUAUAUUUGUUUGGAACCUCUAAAAAAUAAACAAAUUAAUGCCUUAACAACUUCUAACAAAGAAAUUUUUUGUGAAUUUACCACAUCACAAGUCAAAAUACUAUCCUUUAUAGCCUACAUUAUACGUCCUUUUCAAGAGCCUCUCAAUCAAUACUCAACUGAUUUAGUCAAAGGAAUUGUUUCGCUACUUAAAUAUUGUCCACCUGAGUUAGCUAAUAUGCGCAAAGAGAUUCUCAUUGCCUUAAGACACAUUCAAGCCACUCAUUUAAGAAAUAAGUUUAUUCCACAUUUAAAUGAAAUAUUGGAUCACAAAUUAUUACUGGGACAGAGUUUGACUUGUUUUGACACCUUAUGCCCCUUGGCUUAUAGUUCGUUGGCUGACAUGGUUCACCAUUUGAGACAAAAUUUAACGUUAUCUCAAUUAGUGUUAGCGCUUAGCGUAUUUUCCAAAAAUAUUCAAGACGAUUCCCUUCCUUUCAGUAUCCAAAAUGUUUCCUGCAAACUGCUCCUCAAUUUAGUGGAGUGCGUCAAAAUUAGAGCAGAAACAGAAAAUGAUGAAAAGGGCAGAUCAAUCCUAGUGAAAAUUCUUAGAGUUUUUGUGCUGAAAUUCAAGGCUCUAGCUAAAUACAAAAUAGUUGAAAUCACGGAAUCGAUCAAGCGAUUAAUGUCAGAAAAGAUGAACCUUGAUCUUAAAAUGCAUGAAGAUAAAACAAUUGACGAUCUUGAAAAUUUAAUAUCGGAAAAUAAGACCUAUUCGCCAUCUCAUAAUUUUACAACCGUGUUCAAUAACACGAAUGAUAUAAAAGUUUUAAUCAAGACUCUUAUAACUGGUGUCAAAACGGUAACCUGGGGCAUUUUGACUUGUAAAGUUGGAAUAAGUUCUUACAUCCAUCAGUCAAAAUUACUUCUCCCCGAAGAAAUAAAACUCUACGUGGGGUUCGUUAAACGUUGCCUGUCUAUAUUGGUCCUUUUCACAUCAUUUAACACGAAUUCUCCCGACCCUACUCUGAAGUCUUUUUUUCAAUUGAUGGUGAAUUCUUCUACUUGCUUACCGUUUACGAGCAACAAUGCUAAUAACAUUUAUUCAAGUUCCAACAACGGUUAUAACCACAAUCUGAAAGAGGAAAAGGAAAAUUUGGAUACUUUUGUUGGUAUAUUUUUGAUGAUGAACCCAAUGUCGUUUUACGAGAUAUUUGUUGGGCUGGCUCCCAACCUGAUUGACGUUGUAUUGAAGGAUAGCAAUAUUAUGAUCGUGUUCAACUGCUUUUUGGCUAGUUCCACCACUUCUCCGCCUUUUACCAAUAUCAUACUGGAAUAUUUGCUUAAAAACUUUGACGAUUUGGGCUGUAACAAAGAAAAGGCCAAUUUAUUUCUAAAAAUAUUUAAAUUAAUUUUUGGUUCGGUAUCUUACAUAUCUACCGAAAAUGAAACUAUAUUAAAGCAUCACCUAUCUUUUAUUAUAACCAGCUGUAUGCAGUUAGCGCUGAACGCCAAAGAACCUUUCAAUUACUUUUUGCUGCUACGAUAUCUCUUCAGAUUUAUAGGUAACGGGACUCAUGACUCAUUGUAUCAAGAAUUUCUUCCACUUUUGCCAUCUUUACUUCAAAAUUUGAACUUUUUCUUAUGCUCUGGGAAUUGCGACAAUGACAGAUCCUCAUCCAUCUGCGUCCCCUAUAAUACACCGACAAAAAAUUCGAAUUCAAACAUAAAUAGCGUACCCAAUCAAACUAAUUCCUCAUCAUCCUAUCAUAACAACCUGAAUAACAUAAGAUCCCCGGGACAGCUAUCAGAUCUUUUUGUAGAGCUAUGCCUCACAGUGCCUGUUAGGCUCAGUUCUUUACUUCCCCACUUACCCCUUCUUAUGGAUCCACUUGUUUUAGCCCUCAACACUUCUCCCUUUUCUACCGUCAAAUCAAACGGUUCCAAUAUAUUCUAUUCCCCUUCCGAUUAUCACAACUUUAACCUCAAUCCCAAUAAUAAUGGUUCUUCCCUUUAUGCGCAUCAUCAUUCACAAAGCCUCGGAUUAGUCAGCCAGGGCUUGAGGACGCUCGAACUUUGCGUGGAUAAUUUGCAACCAGAAUUCUUAAAAGAACACCUAGACCCAGUUAGGGGCAGAUUAACACGGGCUCUUUGGGGCCUUUUGGGUCAGACCUACAGUUUUAACUCCAAUCUUAUUUCUUCUUCGAUUUCGAGUUGCCAUUCCAAUAUCUCCUCUCAAAACGCCAGUAGCAUAGCAACCGGCCCUAAUUCAUUGUCCUCGUCUGGUGGCAACAGUCUAGGCUUUUCUAACCCUGGCUCAUUGCAAAAUAGUAAUAAUAACAUCAGUGGUUCUAACAUUCACAAUGCGUCAAAUGUCGGAACAAACAGUGCUGGGGGGAAUGAAACGGCAAUUACUCACGCAGCUUUCAGACUAUUGGGCAAAUUUGGCGGGGCUAAUCGAAAAGCUAUCAAGGAAUGUCAGGAACUAACUUACUACGAUUGUUUAGAUGGAAGAGGCUCAUUUGUAGGGAUAAAAUUAGUGAACACGAACGAGAUUAUCGAUUUGCCCAUAGACCCUAUCAUUGACUUCGCUUACCAAACACUCAAUAACAACUUUAGCGACAGUUUUGAAAGGCAAAAUGCUUGGCAGGUAAUACUAGCAUUUCUCUCGAUAAACAUAUCAACGGAAUUUGACGAUGAAACCAAGAUUUACAAAUUAUUUACUCACCCAUCGUUCAUGGAAACGCCUAUUUAUUCUUUCUACGCUAAGCCAAAAUCUACCAAUAACCACACUUCAAAUGAUCAAAUGGCUAGACGUACUCAUAAAAAAGCGUUGGCUGCUUUAUUUAUGGCGUCGGCUAUUAAAGAGUUGCAUGACCAAGUUUUACCAUUCAUGAUAAACGUAAUUCAUCACUACACAUUGUUGGCAGUAUCACGACAAGCUGGACUUUUUGCUCCCGUUUAUUAUCAAUCCCCUUCACUUACUUUAGCCGAUGAUCAAAUUCAUGAUAAUUUCAUUAGCGAUGCAUUCCAAAACAAGUCCAUCUGUGGAAGGAGAUUCUGGGAAGAGAUGCGAAGCGAUGUGAUGAUAGAAGCCUUAGUUGACGAUAUAAUGGCCCACCCGGACAAGGAAUUGUGCAAACCAGCAGUCAAAGCGCUCGUUCGAUUUAUUAAUGCCACCAUUCUUAUCGUGGGUAGUACUCAUAGGGCCUUUCAAUUGCCCAUAUUUCGCUACUUAUCGGACAGAAUAGUGUUUCUUUGUUAUUCUCCAGCCUGGUACCAAAAAAAUGGGGGUUGCAUAGGUAUUAAUCUGCUCAUUAUCAAAAGUAACGAGCAAUGGCUCUUAGACCACCAUAUUGAAUACUUAAAGGCUCUCUUUUUCGUUUUGAUGGAUUUGACCAACGAUGUUGCUAAUGGGACGAUUCAAUUGGCCAAAAAUGUUUUGAAAAAACUUGUAACCUCAUGCACUUCCCAUUUGCUUGAUAGUUUAAUUAGAGAAUCGUGCACAAAUUCGGUGUGCAAAGAAUUGAUUCUAAGAAUUUCAUCUCCAGUUAAAAUAGUACGCAACGAGGCUAUGGAUAGCUUGAAGCUUUUAUCUCGUCUAACUAAUAAAUCAUUGACUGAACUAACUAAUCCUUAUAACUCAACUAUUUAUGAUCUGAUACCUCCUAAAAAGCAUUUGCUGCGGCACCAAUCUGUUAAUUCACAAUUUGGAUUGAUGGAAGCCGUCACAUUUUGCUCAGGGGUAUUUUUCACUGAACUCAUGAGCUUGUGCGAAGCUGACGACACCCUUUUACUCAGGCUACCAUGCUAUAAAAACUUGAACAACGAUAUAACAGAAUUAAAGAGGAGCGCUUUAAAAGCACUUACUUCAUGUCAAUAUAUCAACCAGUAUCAAGAAAAAAUAUUCAAUAUCCUUUUCAAAAACUUAAAUUCCUCCAACCCCGAUAUACAACACACGGCUUUUAAGUGUCUUUCUUGCUACGUGAAGAAGCAUCAGGUGGACAUGGAAUCCGUGCAUCACUCUAUCCGGAAUUUGUUAUUGAUGCUAGGAGAUUACCGCAACUUAACUCCAAAUUUUCUGACUCGAUUACUGUAUUUUGCUAGACUGUUCCCUAACACUUUCAACGAAAAAUUUUGUGAACAUCUUAUGACGCACAUGAUUACUUUAUUGAAAGUACUUUCGUCAAAAUCGGGUAUCAAAACUCAUUGCCAGGAAUUAAAAGUUUGCGCAGAAAUAUUGAAAAUUUUUUGUGCCCUUCCCAUUGCAUCUUCCCACAUAUUAGAUUCGUUAUGUAUGCAAAUUUUAUCUUUGGAUUCUAUGUUCUUGAACGAAAUUAUUAUAUACAUCCGACCCGAGCUUUAUAAUCUUAUCGCUAUCUACCCAAAAGAAACUGUAACGAUAUUUUUAACGGACCCCAAUAUACAUCAAGCUCCAUAUUACAAUUUUUUCUUGACCAUGAUAAAGCACGUAGAAGCCAAAUCAAUUAUCGACUGUAUUUUAAAAGAUUUCGUAUGUUUGGAACGAAUCAUAUCUGAAAAGGCUAUUUAUAUCGAAACGAACAAGGAUUGGAGCUUGACCAGUAAUUCGGCAGAAAGCAAUGAAAGUAAUAUGGAAACUGAUGGUUGCCGCACUGACGACAUCUUGGUUUGCUUGUUCGUUUCCUUAAAAACUAUUUACAUCGUAUCUAAAGAACGCCACGAAUGGAUAGGAGGCUUGCACGAAAUCGUAAAAUCACUGCGUUCCAUUUGGAAGAAUCAAAAUUUUCAGAAUAUUUUUGCGGAGAAUAACGCUUUUAAUAAUGAUUUCUGGGAUAUUCCGAGAUUGUUGGUUCACGUGCUUUUGACUUAUUUUAAGUAUAAUUACGAAACUCAAAAGACGAUACUGUUUGAAUUAUCGUUGUCCUCCAACAACAAAUACAUGGAGAGCAUGGAAGAACUCAAAAUUUUUAUACGCGACGAUAUUACUAAAUAUUCAUGUAGCUGGAAGAGAAAACUAUUCUCCGCGUUUUUGGAUAUUUAUUCCGAUCCUGAAUGGAAUGAAUAUAUUAAAGCUUCAAUAUUCCAAAAUGUUUUAUAUCCCCUUUUCGAGGAUGCCUUUAAAGCUGGGCAAACAGAUCAGAUUAUAUUGAUGGAGGCCAACGAAAAUAUGAGCAAACAUGAAUUAGGCGAAGAGAAAGAUGAAAAAAAUUUGUUUAAAAUUUUUGUGGAUGUAUGUAUUCAAACUCCGCAAGAAUUGCAGCAACAACGCUCUAGCAAGCACUCUCCUCAACCAGAAAAAAGCACUACUACAAUUUCUCCGGUUAUUUGUAAUGAGCUCAAGAUAGCCAUAUUAAAAAUGGCUUCUCUCUUUAUUCAAUAUUACACUACUACUUGUGUUGUGCCUUUACCUGCAAAUACUUCCGCUGAUAUAUCUCAGACAACAUCAUCCACCACGCUUAGCGAUAAUUUACAAACUUCGACCGCCAGUUCUGGAGCUACGACUAAUAAUAGCGCCAUUAAUAAAAAACAAAAUGCUCUUUUGAGAAAAUUGGUGACAUUUGCGUGGCCUUGUUUGCAAAAUCAGGUGUGUAUGGACCCUGCAGUUAAAUACAAUGGGCACUUAUUGUUGGCUCAUAUAGUCGAUAAAUUUAGUAUUCAUAAACGUAUCGUGAUUCAGGUUUUUCAUUCCCUGCUUAAGGCCUCUUCAUCCGAAGCCAGGAAUAUCAUCAAAAGAGCGUUGGAAAUUAUAGUUCCAGCUAUUCCUAAGAAAGUUGAAAAUGGAUUGACUAUGUUGACAUAUUGGACCAAAAAAAUUUUGUUGGAAGAAGGUCACACCCUAAAUCAGUUGGCUCAUUUGUUGCAGAUUUUAUGCACCAACAAAGAAAUUUACUAUUUAUCUCGACAUUCUCUCAUACAUCUCAUCCUAAGUGCUAUGACCAAAUUAGGGUUUAGUGGAAAUAAUACGACUGAAAACAAGAAAUUGGUAGUUGAUAUGGCUGAGGUUAUAAUUGAAUGGGAAUAUAAAGCUAUUACCGAUAAAAAUCAAGCAGCGAAUAUUAUUAGCAACAUCAAACCGGAAUUAAGUAUCAAUGAUAGCUCUAGCCAAACACUCUCAUCAACAAGCCCUGUCGUUACUGCCAAUAUAACCAUAGAAGCAAAACCUUUUGGUUCUGCGGUGGGUGAAAAUAUCAUCAACUUUUUGAUUAGGAUAGCAUGCCAUAUAACCGAAAUAUCUCCGGCUCAAAACAACAUCUCUGAAUAUAUAACGAAUAAAUGCCAUAGUUUGUUGCUAAAAGCCUUGGGAAUUCCCGAUAUGCUUAAUAUACAACUAAAAUUUUCGUGGAUGGAUAAAAUUUUGACAUCCUUAGAAAAUUUGAAGACUCAAUCAUCCCAAAUCGCAACUCCCCCUAUACAUUCGACUCCUUCGCCUUCAAUGACUCCCUCUAACUCUUCCUCAGGCUCUUCCAAUAUUGUCACAACGCCUCAACCCCAAUUGACUCAACAGCAAUUACAGCAACAAAAAGUCAGCAUCAAUGCUGUUUGUUCACUUUUAGAUACGCUGAGCUAUACUGGUCUUUUGGGGAAAUUGUGUGGCGCACCUAAGGAAAGCGUGGCUAGCAAACGAGAAAAAAUAUCCGCGAAUAUUGAUUUUCCUGAAGUCCAUAACCCUCAAUCUCCUCGAUUAAAUAGAGCAGCUGGUGAACGUCUAAAUUUUAAACAAUUAUCCAAAGUUCUCAAUUGGUGCCUCCUAAAUUCUCUUCCGUCCACCCCUUCUAAUUUACAAUGUGAUUUAUCGCCAAACUAUCAACUAGCACCUUCAAUGCCCGAAAAUUGUCUCCCAUCUCAUGGAAAUAUUAAUAAUUCUUUACUUUACAAAGCUUAUGGUAUCAAGAUAGGUAAAGCCGUUAGAAGUUUUACUAGUCGACUGGUGAAAUUGGCCCCUACCACCCAUUGCAACGCAUUUUUAACUUCUCAACAUUCUUCAAUUCUCUCCAAUACUUCUAAAAUUACCUUUUACCCGAUCGAACUCGAAGAUUAUUACGGAAAAAUAACCUUGAUUAUCGGGGAAUAUCUGGGCUCGCUCGAAAAAAUUCAUGGUAAUCAACUCCCCAUUCUACACCAUAUUCUCUCCCUUUUGAGUUAUUGCUGUGAGGGAAACCCACAUUUUGUGGACAGAUACAUACCGUCUUUCAUGAGAGUGUUUCAAAAGAUAGUGAAAGAUCACAUAUCCUCCUGUUCUAUGCAAUCCUCUUCUCCUCCAGAAACCGCGUCUUCUCCAUUCUCAAUCAAUUCUUCCCCAGUCACCUAUAAUGAUUCUCUAAUAAAGCCAAGGGACUGUAUCAUCCAAUGCCUAGAUCUGAUCAAAAAUCGUUUGAUCAUAAUGAGUAAUGAGAUGAGGAAGAACUUUGUGGGAAACAUUUUGAUUGGUUUAAUCGAAAAAUCUACCGACACUAAAUUGAUAGAAUUUAUCAUUGGAUUAGUAGGGGAAUGGCUUCAAAAUAAAGAUCGUCUAGUUUCCAGUAUAGUUAAUCAAGCACCUUCUCUUAGAGAAAAAUCUAUCAUAUUAGUUAAAUUGACUCAUUGUAUUGAAAAACGUUUCAAUGAUGUCCAAUGCUUGAAAUACAAAUUUUUGGAACUUAUUCUUUUUGUUUAUCAAGAUGAAGAGUUGAGCUCGACUGAAUUGACCUCUAAAUUAGAGUCGGCUUACCUAUCAGGCCUUCGUUGUUGGAAUCCAGUGUUGAGACAAAAGUUUUUCGACCAUUUUCAUAAAAAUAUAGGGCUCAGCGUUUAUGACCGCCUUUUCUACAUAGUUUCCUGCCAAAAUUGGGAGACCCUGGGUUCUCAUUUUUGGAUCAAACAGUGCAUACAAUUGAUUCUAAUGCUCUCUGACCAAGAUUGUUAUUUUAAAAAUUUAACGCCUUCAAUGACUUUACCCAGCAUAAGCUCUGUUUUUCAAGAGGAUUUUUACGCCACAAAAUUGACCAAAGACGAAACUCAAACUAUUGAUAACUUUAUGUCGGCUGUUAUUUAUAAUAAUGGUGGCAAUAUUAAUUCCAAUGAUGGAGCCAAAAAUUUCGCUACUUUAUGUAUUUUAAAUAACGGAAAUAUGAAUCUGAACACUAUUUCAGCCAACAACAAUCAAUUGUUAGAGGAUUUAAUUAGCAAUUCCAGUUCAUCCAACUCUGAUUUGGCCUCCGCAGAAUAUGAAAACUUUGAUAUCGAAGGGAUGAUAGAGAAAAUUAAUGAACAACCCCUUUCCUUCCCACACGCGACAUCGGAGCAUCAUAAACCACGAAAUAUUAAUAAUAAUGAUGAAAAUAGUAGACCUACAUCUUUAUCCUGUCAACCAGGCAUCAAUGGUUUGAACAGACUACUAGCCAAAGAGAUAAAAUUUGUGAUGGACCUUCAAAGGAGUAAAGGGUCCCUUCAAAACGCCUUUUGCGUUCCGCUCAUCAAUUUAUGUCACCAAUCUUCUAAACUAAGCGAAUACUUAUGGAUUCAACUAUUGCCCCGUAUUUGGGAUACCUUAGACAACGAACAAAAAAGGAAUCUAUCCCAAGAGUUUCAAUUGUUUUUUCUAAGUGGAACUCAUAUCGUUCAAAAAGAUUGUCACCCCAGUGUCAUCAACGUUUUUUUUGAAGCCUUUUCUCGGUGUCGACCUCAAGUUUAUUUACAGCCUUCAAUUAUCAAGUAUCUAGGUAAGGCUCACAAUCUAUGGUACACGGCAUUGUUAGCUUUGGAAGAGAUGUACAACAAAGAGGAAAAAAAAGAAGUCGAAGGCAAGGAUCAAAAAAAAGAAUCACUCAUCAUCUUGCAACAUUCAAAACGCAAAAUUGAAGACGCUUUCGAAUUUCAACCGGAGAAUUUGGAUCAAGAUAAACCUAUACUCACUCUUUUCCAGGAGACCCAUGAUUCGUUAUCUGAUCUUUAUUCACUUUUAGGAGAAUACGACGUGAUGUAUGCCUUAUGGCUCGAUAAAAAUAAGUAUCCCGCAACGGCAGUUGCCUUAAAUUUCGAGAAUUGGGGAAAUUAUGGAGAUGCAAUGCUAACUUACGAAAAUCUAAUGGAGAAUGUCAAAACCGAUCUUUCCACUCCUUCCAUAACAAGCGAUGCAAUAACCUCUAAUCACCAUUCUGAGUUUAGAACAUGGGAAACUCAUUGGGUGCAUUGCCUCAAAGAACUCAACCAGUGGGAUUAUCUAAACAAGUAUGCCUCAGUGUCUAGUUCCAAGCAUUACAAUCCUCAAAUAGUAUUAGAUUGCGCUUGGAAAUUCUCCGACUGGAAUGCUAUGAAAGAAGCUCUCACAGCGGUUCAAAAAAGUUGUCCCCGUGAAUUGGCUUGGAAGGUUAAUCUCUGCGCUGGUUACUUAGCCCUGAGCCAGAGUGACGAACAUCACCUAGCCAUGAUGGACCGCAUAGUUGAAAUAACGACCGGGCUUGGCGUCAGAGAAUGGAAACGCCUGCCUUGCCACACCCUCGUUGUCAGAGGCUGUCAUGGCCCGUUACUAAGAGCGACCCAGAAGGUCGUAGAACUUCAAGAAGCAGCCCAACUUCACAUCUCCCUUCAGUACCACCAGAAUAGCCAUAUCAAUCAACAACAGGCGCCAAACAACCCCUACCAAUCUAGUCAACUGUCCAGUAAUGGGGAUACCGGAAGUGGGAGCAUGCUUAGGUAUAUGGCAAAUUCAUCGAAUCAGAAUAUGUCGCCACCUCCUUACGAUAAUUCGAUUUGCAAUAUUUCUAAUAUCUCGGACACGACUUUAGCGCCUAACAACAAUUCCGCUUUCUCUUCCCCUACUAUAGCUAACAUUGGGACCUCGCCUAAUUUCACCGAGAUGAGAUCUAUCAUUAAAACUUGGAAGAAUCGAUUCCCUUUAAUAUCCGAUGAUUUGUCUUAUUGGCACGACAUAUUUUCCUGGAGGCAACAGCAAUAUCAAUACAUUAUAAAUCUGUUCGACUCGAAUUCUUAUUUGGGGAAUAACCCUAAUUACUUAGGCGAGAGCAAUAUAUCAAAUAACAAUCCCCUAUUACUUUCAACUCAUUCAAUAGCUCAAGGGUAUAUUCAAUUAGCUAUGGUCGCUCGCAAACAAAAACAACCUUACGUGGCUCUGGACUUAUUAAAUAAGAUUUCGAUUCAUCCCUCCGUGCCUAUAUCGGACUGUUUUAGAAAAGUUAGACAAACUAUAAAAUGUUACUUGGAAAUGUAUUAUAUGAGUAUCAUUGAAAAUAAGCCCAAUAAUCAAUCAUUGCUACAAAUUCAUAACGUCAUCGAAGAGACCAACUUUAAAUAUUUCACUAAAGAUAUGGUCUCAGAAAUAUAUUCGUACAAAGGAUAUUGUUAUCAUUUGCUACUUAACCAAGAUGAAUCAGAUAAAGCUUUUUCGGCUUCCAUACAACUCCAAGACUCGCACAUUAAAGCUUGGGGACUAUGGGGUGAAUGCCUAUCCCAAACAUUUUGGGACAAAAUAACUUCCAAAUCACACGUUAAAAAAGCUUCUUUCCUUGCGGAUAUCAACGAUAGCAAUACCACAAAUAAAAAUCAAGAAGAAUUAGAUAACAAUGAUUUAGCCUACCACCCAAGGUUGCCUUACAAUUUUAAUCUUGCCAAAUCCGCUAUCACUUGCUUGCUCCAGGCAUGUAGACAUUCUAGCGAAACGAAAGUGGAAAAAUAUUUGGCGCAGGUGCUUUGGUUACUCAAAUAUGACGAUUGCAAAUGUUCUCUAGCUGAAAUCGUUGAUAAAUAUAUAACCACUAUCCCUUCGUUUCAUUGGCUAAAUUGGGUACCUCAGCUGCUAAUGUCUCUGGAGAGGAAGGAGGGAAGUCUAGCGGGAAGGUACAUAAUGAACAUAAUUACCCACUUCGGUCGCACAUAUCCUCAAGCCAUAUUUUUCCCUGUUAGAACUUCUUUUCUGUCCCUGAAAAUGGAAUACAAAGAAAACGUGGUCGGUACUCCACCCAAUAAUCUCGUUACCACUCCAACUCACCAAAAUAAUAUCAGUCAUUUGAACACCACCGUUGCAAGUGGUAUCGAUUCUUCGACGUUAGUUGACGUGGCUCUUAAUGUGAGUAAUAAUGCGGAGGUAGGAAACUUUACGCUCGGGAGUUUUGCUGCUACAUCUAAUCAAAGUAAUCUGGAUGCAUCAGGGCAAAGACUUAUGAACUUUGUUAUAUCGAUAGAAAAUCACGUACCUUCUACUCCCGAUAAAGAAGAUUUCUUAAUUAAUAGUGUCUCAACUAUAAAUUCCGAAAACACAAAUUUAGUUUGCAGUUCUUAUUGCUCCACCGAAUCUUUAAACACCAUGAUUUCGAAAUCCAAAGAUGAUUUUGCACCUACCUCAACCAUUACUCAAAAUCUGACAUGUCACGAAGGACAGAGUGAACCUUCCCAGGACAUUACAAAUACCCAAAUAUCUUGUUCCGUAUCCAAUGGUGAUAAUAAACUAUUCGACUCAUCUGUGAACUCGCAAUCAUAUAUGACAUCCGGGCCCGGUUUUAAAAAUGCAGCAAGCAUUAAUAAUUCUUUCAAUUCCGUAGGUAGCGCCACAUCCGUGGCUAAUGCAUCACCGUCCCCUAUAGUUUGGUGUCGGCGGAUUUUGCACGUUUUGAGAGAAUUGCAUCCCACUACCUUGUACACUUUGGAAGGUUUGGUUGAUCAGUUGAUUUGGUUCAGGGAAACCUGGUUCGAAGAGUUGCUGCAAUAUCUCAAACAAUUACUGAACAAAUGUUAUGUUCUCUCCUUCCAAGAAUAUAAAUUAUCCGCUCAACCAAAUAUACUUAAUGAAUUUUCGCAACAACAAAAAUUCGUACCAUACGGAGAAUGUUCGGUCGAUCAAGAUAUUGUCCCAAUCUUGGCAUAUAUUUCGAGCAUAAUGAAUAAAUUGCUCACCACUUUCGAAACGGGAAUCGAAAACCUUGCUAAUUUGGCUUCGAAGUUGACCAAUUCCUCAACAGAAUCUUCUAUCAGACGCGCCCAUGCUACCCUUAAAGAUCCAAUGUUCAAGAAGUUUAAGGCUCAAUUUAUGAAGGAUUUUAAUUUUGUAAGACAAAAGUUGAAUCUUGAAGACAUCGAUAGACUUAUAGUGAACCUUAGGGCUUGGAUAGAAGUUCUAGAGCAUAAGGUUGUUAAUGAACUGCCCAACACUUAUUUUAUGGAUGAUAAAUGCUCUCUACUCAAUAAUUGGCUUCUCAAUGACGUUGAAAUCGAGCUACCCGGCGAAAUGAAAUACGCGAAACCGUCUCAAUACAGCAUAAAAAUUUGUAAAUUUUUACCAAACAUCCGAGUCGAAAACAAGUGCGGGUUUCAAUCCUGUAGAAAGGUCAGCGUCCGUGGCAGCAAUGGAAAAACUUAUCAUUAUUUGGUGCUUAACGAUAAUUUGUUCUUAUCCCCUAUCCAUUCUUACUCCCUUAAACCAUGGGAAAAACGUAACUCCUCCCACCUUAGAACUGCUACCGCUCAAAUAAUGAGUCAUCUAAAUGGCGUGUUCGAAAAACAUUAUGGAACAUCGAAAAGAGAUUUAUCAUUUCGUUUAUCUCGCAUGGUUACGAUAUCUCCCCAUAUGACUUUGGUUGAAACAGAUGAAUCCAUGGUAUCGUUAAUGGAUAUAUACGAAAACCAUCGCCGGCAAUCCCCUCUAUCGCACCAUUCCCAAGAUGCUUUAUCAACUUUUUAUUCUCUUUUAAACUCCCUUCACCCCCCACCUUCUUCUAACCUUCUUUUAUCCGCAUUCACCUCACUUGCCUUCCCUUCAAACUUACUCUCAAGCUGGGUUCGUUCCGCUCUUAAUAACUCAACAGAUGCUUGGUGUUUCAGAGCCGCUCUUGCCGGAGAGUACGCUCUGCAAUGCGCUUUCGCUCGAGCCUUUUCCACUUUCCCCUACGGUCCAGAACAGAUAACAGUUUGCGGGAGAGAAUUGAGGACUUGCGGAAGUCCGUUUUCGGCUCAGAUCGACGUGGCUAGUCUUUUAGAGCGAGAACUUAAUCUAAUUAAAGGUGGAAAAGAGAACAAUGAGAAACUCGUUAACCCAGUAAAAUUAAUGAGAUUAACAUCCAACUUUACUAACCUCUUCUCCAAACUGCUCAUAAAUGGUCCCUUUAUGUGUUCUUUCAAGGCCUUUUAUAGGUGCUUGGCCGAUAAAAAACUCAAGCUAGAUCAUUUCCUAAGGGCUUUUCUGAAUGACGUACCCGCUCUCAACAUGAAUUUUGACGAUAACUCGCCCCUGCAAGAAGAGGAUGAAUAUGAUACAACCACAGUGAAUGAAAAUUUGCCAGGAGAAACUGAUAUAAAUAACAACUCUGCUAAAAAUAACGCUGACAUUAAUUUGAUGGCUUUUACAGAAACCAUGAACCUUAUCUUAGCUGCUGUCAAUUCAAAUAUAUUGGAAUUAUCCCCUCUAAAAGAUGACAUGAUCGAAGACAAUGUGCAUGAAUUGAUAAAUGAAUCAAUGAAAACCGAAAAUUUGUGCCGUAUAAAUCCGUUAUUAUAUCCAUGGAACACCUCAUUUCGGUUAAUGAUGCUUACUACCUUGAGAUAAUGUGGCCUAGUCGGCAAGAGCGUCUUAUCAAUCCGAUAGUCAUGGGUUUGAAUCCUGGCAAUGAUCAUGUUUUUUUUUCUUAAUCUAACUUGGCGGUUCCGUUCUUGGGGGAUGAUAUAUAGGAGGCCGUAC